AUACAUUUAUCAUCGCAGGGUCCCUGCUGGUCGGUUUGAUCUUCGACCUCAACUACCCUCUCAUACCAUUGAUUCCUCUCACACACCAUCAACAUGGACGGCCAUAGGGAACACAUCAAUGGCGACACAACGGCACUUGACCUGACCGUCCUCGGCUUGAACAGCGGAACCAGUAUGGAUGGCAUCGAUUGCGCACUAUGCAGAUUCCGACAGACGAGCGCUGAAGCACCAAUGCACUUCGAACUGCUCAAGUACGGCGAAAUUCCAUUGGAGCAAAAGAUCAAGAAGCGAGUCAUGAACAUGAUCCUACACAACCGCACAACACCUGAGGAACUAUCCGAAGUAAAUGUUUUGCUAGGAAACACGUUUGCAUCGGCCGUGAAGGAGUUUUGCAAGGAGCAAGACGUGUCCAUGGACAAUAUUGAUGUCAUUGGAUCACACGGCCAGACAAUCUGGCUACUCAGCAUGCCUGAACCAGGUCAAACGAAAAGUGCAUUGACCAUGGCAGAAGGCACAUUCAUUGCUGCACAGACGGGAAUCACAACCGUGACAGAUUUCAGAGUCAGCGACCAAGCAGCUGGUCGGCAAGGAGCCCCACUCAUCGCCUUCUUCGACGCCCUUCUACUACACCACCCGAAUAAGCUACGAGCUUGCCAAAACAUCGGCGGCAUUGCGAAUGUCUGUUUCAUUCCUCCAGACCAUGCGGGUGGCGUAGACAAGUGCUUCGACUUCGAUACUGGCCCGGGAAAUGUCUUCAUCGAUGCUGUCGUGCGACACUACACCAAUGGAAAGCAAGAGUACGACAAAGACGGUGCCAUGGGCAAGCGCGGUACAGUCAACCAGAAACUGGUGGAUGAAUUCCUGGAAUUCAAGUACUUCAAGCUUGAGCCACCCAAGACAACUGGCAGAGAAGUGUUCCGAGACACCAUGGCACAUGGAUUGAUUGAAAGAGCGGAGAAGUUGGGAAUGUCACAGGAUGAUGUGGUUGCCACCGUGACUCGCAUCACUGCGCAGGCGAUCGUCGACCACUACCGUCGCUACGCUCCAUCGCAAGACAUUGAUGAGAUCUUCAUGUGCGGUGGCGGUGCUUACAACCCCAACAUUACCGAUUUCAUUCAGAAGAACUACCCAAACACAAAGAUAUUCAUGCUGGAUGAUGCAGGUGUUCCAGCUGGUGCCAAGGAGGCGGUAACAUUUGCGUGGCAAGCAAUGGAGGCAGUUGUUGGCCGAUCGAUUCCUGUGCCUGACCGGGUUGAAACGCGACAGGAGUAUGUGCUUGGAAAAGUGUCUCCAGGGAAGAACUAUAGAAAGGUCAUGAAGCAGGGUAUGGCGUUUGGAGAGGGUGAAAGGUUGCCGCCUGUCAAAGAGAUGAUCAACUAUGUCAACGGCAAGGUGUUUGACAAUAACUGGGCAUAG